GCUCCCGGAGUUGCCGGGGCGGAGUGCCGGGCUGAGCUGAAAGGGCGGGCGAAUGCCGGGAAAGGGGUAGUCCGCGCUUAACAGUUUGCAAAGUGCGUCUCCCGCUCUGAUCUCAUAGGAGCUUCACCGCGGGCCGUGAAGGAUGAGUAGGAGGCGUGAUUAAUAAACAGUAGGCAAUCAAUGCCUGUUUAUCAAGUCAACAUCAAAAGAGAAAUGGCUUGUCCAACAGCACAGGCAACUAUUUCUGAACGGUGACGUUUAGAAUACUGUCUUCCUUAAUCUCCUAUCUUGGGCUCUCAGAGUCAGACCCAGUCACAGGACAAUAAAAAAAGAAAAAAAUGGAGAGCUUGUAUUGUAUUCAAAAUGCUGUUCAGGAACAUUCAGCUUCAAAAUUAAUUUAAAUUAUGAGUAAGUAUGAUUUGCUCUCUCUUCACAUAGGCCUCCAAGGCCAUCUGCUCUGUCUGAAACAGCAGCCUCGUAGCCUUUGCUUUAUUUUUCUGGCUUCCUGACAUUUACUAUCCACAAAAGCAUCCUGUGUCAGGAGUGUAAGCUUUCUGAGGGCAGGAGCUAUGUUUUGUCCCGGGCUGUAUCUGUAUCUUCAUCACCUGCAACAGGGUCUGGUACACAGCAGGUGCUCAAUAAAUAGGUAUUUGAUGUCCAGCAAGUUCUAUGACUUCUCUGCACCUGUCUCCUCAAUGUAAAGUGGAGAAAAGGGCCACUGGGAGCCUCAAAUGAGUCCGGAUCUGCAGAGUGCUGAGAACAGUUGCCUGUCCCAGACUGUAGGAAUUCUGCCUGCCGUUUCCUAACAUACAUCUGGUGUUGGCUCCAAAAUCUUGCUGUAAAACUAACGCUCUGGGAACAUGAGCCCUGUUUAUCCACUGGCUUUGAGAGCCCGUUUUGAGACCCUGAAGCCAGAUGCCCAAGGACGCCGGCGCUCGGACCAGAACCCUCUGACCGCUACUCGCUUUCCCGGCUCCCGCCCGCCCAGACGCGUGGCGCCCCGCCCAGCGAGGCCUCGCCCCUCAGGAAUAGCCCCGCCCCUUGGCAGACAGCCCCGCCUCCGGGGCGCUCCGCCCACCGGAUGCUCGGGCAUAUACCACGAGCGUCCUGGCUGGGGUGACAUGUCGGGGCGACCGCUUUGGCGCCGGCUUGUUGCCCAACCCCUCUCAGCCUGAGUGCCUUCUCCAAGCCGGGGUCUUCUGGGCUUCCAUAGCGGCCUCCAGGGGAGACAUCACGCUUUCCCACGCCCGCCGUCCCCUCUCCGGGCCGGCAAGUGGCACAGUCCGGAGGCGGAGCCUGCGGCGCGGGCGGGGCCUGCGGCGGACGCACAGACGACGCGCGCAGGGACCCGGCUUCAUCAUGGACCACGAAUGCGCCCGGCUCCUCCCGGCCGUCUGUGCUGUCCUGGCAGACCCCAGGCAGCCGGUGGCGGAUGACACCUGUUUGGAGAAGCUGCUGGACUGGUUUAAAACGGUAACUGAAGCAGAGUCCAGUCUCUUGCUGCUCCAGGAGAACCCCUGCUUGCUGGAGCUGCUGUCCCACGUGCCGACACUGCAGGACGUUAGUGCUGGGGUCCUCUCCUUCUCACUCCGUCUCGCAGGGAUAUUUGCAGCACAGGAAGACUGCUUCCAGUACCUUCAGGUGGAAUUGCUGCCGGGGCUCUUUGGGGCAGCGGGACCCCUAAGCCGAGCAGUCUGGGCUGUCCCCACUGUGCGCAGUGGCUGGAUCCAGGGUUUGCGCUCCCUCGCUCAGCACCCCAGCGCCCUGCACUUCCUGGCAGACCACGGUGCUGUUGACACCGUCUUCUCCCUGCAGGGAGAUGCCAGCCUGUUUGUGGCCUCAGCUGCUGGUCAGCUCCUGGUGCACAUCCUGGCUCUGUCUAUGGGAGGCAGGGCCGAGGGACACACCUGCCCUCAGGGCGAUGACUGGCCCACGUGUGCCCAGAAGAUCGUGGGUCAUAUCGAAGAGUCCUUAUGCUCCACAGACACCUCAAGGGUCACUCAGGCCCUCAACGUCCUGACCACCACCUUUGGGCGCUGCCAGAGCCCGUGGACAGAAGUCCUCUGGGAGCAGCUGAGUCCCCUCGUGGCCCGUCUGCUGGAGAGAGACCCCGUCCCAGCCCCACACCCACUUGUGGACCUGCUCCUCUGUGUGGCCCGUUCUCCUGUGCUCGGCUCUUCGGACCUCGGCCCGUGGGAGAUGACAGCUCAGGCCCUGAGCCGCCUGGGCCCCACCCAGGCAGGGCCCCUGGCGCUGGGGGUCCUGAAGCUGCACCUCUGCCCACAGGCACUGAGGACCCAGGCCUUUGGGGUGCUCCUCCAGCCCCUGGCCUGUGUCCUGAAGGCCACCACUCAAGCCCCUGGGCUCCCAGGCUUGCUGGACGGGACCUCGGAGGACUCUGUGGUGGCAGACGCUCUCCUGUCCUCCAAGUCGUCCUGCGUGGGCCUCCUGUGCCGGACCCUGGCCCACCUGGAGGAGCUGCAGCCGCUGCCCCAGCACCCCUCGCCCUGGCCCCAGGUGCCCCUGCUCAGGGCUGUGGUGACAAUACUACGUCUCUGCGACGGCUCGGCAGUGCCUGCCUCCAGUGUGGGGGGCUGCCUCUGUGGGACCCUGGCAGGCUGCGUCCGCGUGCAGCGGGCGGCCCUUGAUUUCCUGGGGACACUGUCUCAGGGGAUGGGCCCCCAGGAGCAGGUGACACAGGUGUUUGCCAUCCUCCUGGAAUACCUGGAGCGCCCCGACUCCAGCCCCAUGGUUCUGAAGAAGGCCUUCCAGGCCACCCUCAGGUGGCUCCUGAGCUCAGCCAGGACACCCGGCUGCUCUGGUCUCGGCCCACACGCGGUGCUGUUUCUUCCAGAGCUGUUCCCUGUGCUGCAGAAACGCUUGUGCAGCCCCUGCUGGGAGGUGAGGGACUCGGCCCUCGAGUUCCUGACCCAGCUGAGCAGGCACUGGGGAGGGCAGGCCGACUUCAGACACGUGCUCCUCGAAUCAGAGGUGCCCGAGCUCACCCAGCAGCUCCUGCAAGAUCCCGAGAGCUACGUCCGUGCCAGCGCAGUGACUGCCAUGGGGGAGCUCUCCAGCCGGGGCUUGCACGCCACCCCCACUAGUCCCGAGCAGCCAGAGGUACAGCAGAGCCUGCUUCCAGAGUUCCUGCACAUCCUCUCUGCAGACUCGGAGGGUUUCCCGCGGAGAGCUGUCAUGCAGGUCUUCACAGAGUGGCUGAGGGGUGGCCACGCCGACGUGGCCCGGGACACAGAGCGGUUUAUGGCCACAGUGCUGCAGGUGGUGAGCCGGGACCUGGACUGGGAGGUGCGGGCCCAGGGUUUGGAGCUGGCGCUGGUGUUCCUGGGCCAGACGCUGGGACAGCCAGGCCCCCACUGUCCCUACACUGUGACCCUGCCCAAGGCAGCCCCACCCAGUCCCCUCACUGAGGUGCUGGGGGCUCUCUGCCGGGUGCGGCUCUUCGAGUUUGCCUUUCGUGCCUUGUUUGACUGUGACCGACCUGUGGCCCAGAAGUCCUGUGACCUCCUCCUCUUCCUGAGGGACAAGACUGCACCCUACGGCAGCCCGUGGGAGGCGGGGGGCAGCCCAGACUCAGCUUCUGUGGAGGCUGCCCUGCAGAGGUGGCAGGCAGGUGAGCAGGGCCAGCCCCUGGGGGACCUGGAGCCGGAGGCCAUGCUGGCUACGCUGAGAUCCAUAGACCUGGAGGGCCUCCGGGGCACACUGGCCCAGGGCAGCGACCACGUGGAGAAGAGCCCCCAGUCCCUCCUGCGGGACAUGCUGGCCACAGUGGGCAUCCUGCAGGAGAACCAGGCCGACUGCUACUGAGGCAGGGAGGCUGCGCCUCGCCCUUCCCUGGGCCGCUGCCUUCCCGAUGGCUCCAGCCCAGCCUGGCUGCGCGACGGACCCUCCAGGGAAGCCGGGACUGGGAGAGAAGCUAGAUUUUUAAAAAUCCCACAUUUUGAUGUAUUAUUAAAGAAGUGGCUUAUUUUCUACUCAAAAUAAAUGGCAAUGAAGUCUUUGAUCCA